AUGGACUUUUACCGCAAGGUGCCCGACGAGCUCAAGGAGGCGUCGCGGACGGGCGGGCUCCUGUCGCUCUGCGCCUGCGGCGUCGUCGCCCUCACGCUCGUCACGGAGAUCGGCGCCUUCCUGCGCACGGAGGUGCGCACGAAGAUCGACGUCGACACGUUCGCCGGGUCGCAGCUCCGCGUGAACUUCAACCUGUCGUUCCCGCACCUGCACUGCGACUACGCGUCCGUGGACCUCUGGGACAAGAUCGGGCGGAACCAGGCGAACGUGACCCAGAACAUCGAGAAGUGGCAGCUCGACGAGGACGGCGUGAAGCGCAUGUACCAGGGGCGGAACCGCCGCGCGUUCGACAUCGACCACGACGUGCACCACCCGCCCAUCGAGGAGAUGCACGCGAACGGCGUCCACGUCUGGCACGUGAACGCCGACGAGUGGGAGGGGCUCCACGAGCACCACGAGUACGUCUUCGUCGACUUCUACGCGCCGUGGUGCCUCUACUGCCAGUCGCUCCGGUCGACGUGGGAGGCGCUCGCCGAGGAGCUCGAGAAGCGCGACCUCGGCGUGGCCGUCGCCGCCGUGGACUGCGUCGACAACGAGGCGUUCUGCCACGACAUGAAGGUCCAGACGUUCCCGACGCUCCGCUUCUACCACCACGGCGAGCAGGUCAACGAGGGCGAGUACCGCUUCGACCGCACGGUCGCCGCGCUGACGGACUUCGUGACGCGCAAGCUCGAGUCGGAGAACAUCUACCGCCAGUACCCGGAGGCGCGCGUCGCGCACGCGGCGAACUGGAACACGGACCACCCGGGCUGCCUCGUGUCGGGCUUCCUCCUCGUGAACCGCGUGCCGGGCAAUUUCCACGUCAUGGCCCACAGCAGGCACCACAGCCUCAACACGCUGCGGACGAACCUGAGCCACACGGUGCACCACCUCAGCUUCGGCGUGCCCCUCACGGACGCGCAGCACCGCAAGCUCGCGACCAUCGAC